AUGACUAAUCGCUCAUCUGCUAGUCCUCGCCCCCAACUGAGAGGAGCAAACUCCGGCAUGUGUGCGCCGUUAAAAUGAACAGAUUUUUUUGUUUCCCCGGUACUUACCUGAAUAUAAAUGUGAGGCAGGAUUCGCGUCUGUUGUUUUUUAGCGACAGCUAUGGACAUACGAAAAAUGCGCUGUCAGUUAAGUAGCUCGCUAGCUAGCCGUAGCUAACUGCUAAUGUGGAGCUAACGGCUAACCAUUUGGCUUCUUGUUUGUUACUGAGGCGUUGUCGCAGGUUGUGAACGUAUCUUUGUUUACGUAAGGGAAUUGUGUUUUGCUGCGAUUAUAACUGUUUGCUUAUUCCGGGGGAGACAAAUGUCGCCCGUAGAUACGUGUAUAUGUAGUUGUAAGUGUUGACACAACAGUGUAGCUUGCUAUCUAGUUCUGUUUGCUGACUGUGGACCAGUUACCCUGCUAGCCACGUAAACUGCUCCUGCUUGGUGUUGACGUAGCAGGAGCAGCUAGCCUGUCUGUCCUCUAAAGCGAGUUCAAUUUUAUAUGAACAACAAGCACCAAUAUUAUUGAGAGUCUGCCAAAUAAACUAAGACAUCUUGAAGACCGAACUCCCAACGAGGACAUGAACAAUUGUGACUCAAAAUGCUAUAGCUGGGCUUGAACGUGUGGCUCGUUAGGUUCUGUGUCCUGUUGCAUUGAGCGGAUGAUGAAGCGGGUCAUCUGGUUGAUAUCAGGAUUAAACAGAAGAAUGAUGAAGCUACUUUUUGCCCUCGCUUUGAUCGCCUACAUUGCCUCUGUCUGGGGAACAUAUACGAACAUGAGAUCAAUACAAGAACACGGAGAAAUGAAGAUUGAGCAGAGAAUUGAUGAAGCUGUGGCUCCUCUCAGAGAGAAGAUUCGUGAUCUGGAACAAAGUUUUUCUCAGAAAUAUCCGCCUGUGAAAUUCCUGUCGGAAAAGGAUCGGAAGAGAAUUUUGAUCACUGGUGGGGCUGGUUUUGUGGGUUCCCACCUGACUGACAAGCUGAUGAUGGAUGGCCAUGAGGUGACUGUGGUGGACAACUUCUUCACAGGAAGGAAAAGGAAUGUGGAGCACUGGAUCGGCCACGAAAACUUCGAGCUGAUCAAUCAUGAUGUGGUGGAGCCUCUCUAUAUUGAGGUGGACCAGAUCUAUCACCUGGCGUCUCCAGCCUCUCCUCCCAACUACAUGUACAAUCCCAUCAAAACACUCAAGACUAACACCAUCGGCACUCUUAACAUGCUUGGUGAGUAUAUUAAGUGCACCCCUACCGUCUGUAUGACUUCAUAGAUGGUUCUCAAAAUCAAAACUUCACGUUAAGCCUUCUAAGUCUGAAUAGUACGUCAUCACAUAACACAGUAAGAGGUUUAAUAAAUGUUCUUCUUGUUACACAGGAGCACUGUAAUACAUUUGUACAAAAUAUAGUCAUUUGAAUAAGCCACAAAACCUUGUAAAUUAUCUACUUUUUGGAGAUUCAGCCUUUGAAAAGGUGUUUUCAUUAAUUGUUUGAAUUCCCCUGAGGAAAAGAGGACAAGAUUCAUUAUGCUCCCUCAUUACAGUUUCAACUUUUAUACUUUCAUAUCCAACUGCUGAUAGUCUAAUCAGCAAACUAUUGUAUGCUUUAAAUGCGAGUCAAUACCUCAUAUUUGUUAUUUUGCUUUGGGCUCUCAGAAUCCCAUAUUCAAUAAAUAAUAGAAUAAAUAUGAUUUAUCAUGAGAAGCGCAAACCAGCUUCUCUCGAACUGACAAUGGUGUAAUCUUUAGAGGCAUUUUCGAACGUCUCCUGUGAAUUACUACUUUCUUCAGAUUAAGUAUUGUCAAAGCACUGCGUGAAUUUUAACAAUAUUUCUAAAUCAUGUUCAAGACAUUCUCGUAAUGGAAAUGAAAAAAAGACCAAUCACUAUGUGUAUUUUAUAAAAAGAUACAUUUAGAUGUAC